UAAAGACACACGUACACAUUACAAGUUUUGGAAUCACGUAUUGUAACUACAAGAAGAUGGCUUCGGAUGAUGAUAACAGUUCAUUUAACUCAUCAAUCAAAUCGGAUGUAAGAAUUGGUGUACCAUUUCCAUUUAAACCAACGCCAACUUCUACAGACGAUACGGCGAACGCAACCGUUGGCAAAAUAGCUGUGGGCAACGGAGGCUCCUCACAAAUGGGUCGUCGUAAAAAGGUAAUGCCCCUGGAGCAUGGUUGUGAAGAUAAUUGGACUUGGAGUAAUCGUUAUCGAUCGAAGGAAAUAGUAUUAAGUGGUCCCAAUAGUCGCACAGUGCAUUUCCAUCCGAAUUGGAGUAAAGGCACAGCCGGUGUGCAGGGUAAACGGCCACUAAACAAUGGACGUUUCUAUUGGGAAUUACAUGUAUCGCAGCGGGUCUUUGGUACGAGUAUUAUGUUCGGCAUCGGCACAAAACAAGCAAGACUUCAUGCCAACUCAUUUCGAAAUAUGCUCGGUGAGAAUGAAUUCGGCUGGGGUCUGUCGCACAAAGGUGUACUCUGGCACAAAGGUGUAGCGCUAUUGUAUACCAAACGCUUUAAAGAAAACCAUCCCACUGUCAUUGGGGUGCUCUUCGAUGGCAUCGAGGGUACGCUCACAUAUUACAAAGAUGGCAAGUGUCUGGGUGUCGCGUUCAGAGGAUUAGAUAAGAUCAAGGAACCACUUUAUCCGAUUGUCUGUUCGACAGCGGCGAAAACGGAAAUGACUCUUAGAUGUACACGACGCGAUUUUGUGAACUUACAAGAUCGUUGUCGUGCCGAAAUUAUCAAACAUGUCAGGACGAGAGAUGAUUUGGCCAAGUUGAAGCUGCCACCACUCAUUACACAAUACUUGAGUGAGGUGGUUAAUGAUGAGGCGCCGUUGCGGCAAGUGGAUAACUAUGACAUAUUUUGGGAUCUCUAGGCGGUAAUAAGUAAGUAGACUUCGGGUUUUCACCGAACGAUCAUCGGUAUGAGCGUGUGCGUGUCAAACUGAAGGAUUCAAUACUAGAAAUUAGUUUGUAAUUGUAUAUAAAUUAUAAAAGUAUAUUAGAACAAAUGCAGUGUUAAAGAGAAAAUUGCCGCAGUCAUAUUAAAUAUUAAUAUAAAUAUGUAUGCAGACGUAAAUACGUGCUUAUGAAUUAAACAAUGUAUGUAUGUACAUACCAUAUUUGUAAACAAUCGCCUAUGAACUCAGUUACUUAUCUUGAUUGAAAUUUUUUUUAUGAAAUUUUGAGUUCAUAUUUGAAACUUUUUUUAAGAGUGAUUGAGCUUGAUAGGACACUUCUUUUUUGAAUUACUUUUUAUUGGUUAAAAAUGUAUUUUUUACAUUUUAAUUUCAUUUGCCUCAAGAACUAUUAAUUUUUAGUAAAAUUUUUUUAAUUUUAAAUAAUAUUACAGCAACAAACCAACGAAACAAAAAUCUCUAUCUAUAAAUAGCCUUUGAUUUUUGAUUAAUUUUCAUUAUUUUUAUACAAGUGUAUAUGUAUGUACAUAUGAAUGUAAAUAGCCUGCUGUCCAAUUUUGUUAGUCUAACCGUGACUUCGUCGUGCCAUCAUUAAUUUAUACUUGAAAUUGAUGCAUCAUUGUAAAAAAAAAAAAUUUAGCAGCACAAAAAUAAAAGAAGUUUUCUUUGUAUGUAAA